AUGGCGGGAGGCCAUGAUCUCGGCACCAUCAGUGGCGUCCUGGUGCCCACGUGCGAGAAUAUGUGGGGCGUGCUCAUAUUCCUUCGCUUCUUCUUCGUCGUCGGCCACGCGGGAGUCUGGCAGUCGCUCCUCAUCGUCUUUGUCUCGUUUAUGAGUUCCUUCUUCACGACCAUGAGCCUGUCUGCCAUGGCGACGAACGGACCGGUCGAGGCGGGUGGAGCGUAUUUCAUCAUCUCGCGCGCACUCGGACAUAAGCUCGGCGGUGCGGUUGGGUGCACGUACUACUUAGGCCUGUCCCUGUUGGCCGUCCUCGAGGUGCUCGGCGCGAUUGAGGUCAUGCUCUACGUCGAGCCGGAGUUGGCGGCGGGCGUGGGUGUCGAGGGAGCCGUGCGACUGUGGGCGGUUGUCCUGCUCAUUGCGCUCGCUGUCAUGGUGUGGGGAGGCAUGAAGCUGGUUUCGCAGCUCGGCCUUUUCUUCGCGGCGGUCGUGGGCCUCACGUUGACGUCCUACUACGCUGGUCUCAUCGCCGCGCCGCUGCCCGGAACUUCGUCGGCCGUGACCGGAUUGUCGUCUCAAACGUUGAAAGACAACUGGGAUCCGGCCUACACCGACGACGUCACGUUCUCCACUGUGCUGUCCGUCUUCUUUCCGUGCUUCACCGGAAUCUUGGGGGGCGCGAACAGGGCGAACGCUCUGAAGGAUCCUGCAAGGUCGAUCCCCUGGGGCACCCUCGCGGCGAUCACGCUGAGCUUUUGCAUGUACGCCAGUUACAUGAUAAUGUGGGGCGCGGUCGCGGAUAGAGAUUACCUCAAGUACGGACCCGCAGGAGUGUCCGUCGUUGGGGCGCGGCGCCGCCUUCUCGGCGGAGGCGGUGGCGAGGCCAUGUCUGUGGUGUCUGAGAUUGCUUGGCCUUGGGCGCUUCCGACGCAAAUCGGCAUCAUCAUCGCUUCGCUGUCUCAGGCGUUGCAGUGCCUUAUAUCGGCACCGAGAAUUUUGAAUGCCAUCGCUGCCGACGGCACCGUGCCGUUCCUGAACGUCGCGGGCAAGUUGAACGACAAGGGCGAGCCUGCUAUUGCGCUGGCCAUGACCACUGGGCUGUGCCUUGUCGCGUCCAUGAUCGGCUCAUUGGAUCUGGUGGCACCUUUGCUCUCCAUUUGCUUCCUCAGCGCUUACGCCGCGCUUAACUUCUCUACCUUUGUCCUCGGUCUGACCCGAGCGCCGUCGUGGCGGCCCACGUGGAGGUUUUUCCAUUGGUCCCUUGGCCUUGCCGGGUUUUUGCUUUGCACGACCCUCGCGUUCGUCAUCACUUGGUACUUUGCUCUCGUGGCGGUGGCUCUGCUCGCAGGUCUCGUCGCAUACAUCGAGUCGAGACAGGUGCAGGUUGACUGGGGCAGCGCGCUGGGAGGAAUUCGACUGGACCUGGCGACUUCUGCGAUGCUGAAUCUGGCACACGAGAGGAAACACUCCAGCAACUGGAGGCCGCAGCUCUUGUGUCUGCCCGGUUGGCCGAUGAACCCAGAGCCCGCCCCGCCGACCGAGCGCCUCCUGGAGCGGAAAGUCAGCAAACCCUCAAGCUUUCGUGAAAGGGUCGGCCUUUCGUUCAUCGGUGGAGGUAUGAAGGUGACCUCGACGCAACCGCCGAAGCAGAGGGUUGACCCUAGGGACUCACUGCUCAAGCUCGCGACGCAGCUGAAGAAGGGUCGAGGUUUGUGCGUCGUCGCCGAGGUGGAAGAGGGAGAUCUCGGUCGUGAUCGUGGUCUCUCCACGAGGGUGUCAAACGCCCGCGAUAACCUGGAGAGGCGGCUGCAAGAUGCGGGCGUCAGGGGUUUCGCGCACGUUGUCGUCGCCGAGAACUUCCGCGCCGGCAAGGCGUUUGCGAUUCAGGGUCUCGGUUUCGGCGGGUUGGAGCCCAACACCGUGAUGCUCGGUUGGCCGCGACGAAACCACGUUGACUUCAAUGAGGAAGAAGAUGAAGACAACGACGACCCAGAGCGCGAAGAGGCGGCGAAGAUCUUGGUUGAAACAGUUUGUGAGUGCACAGCGGCGGAGAAGGCUGUGCUGCUCUGCCUCGGGCUCGACAAAUUCCCUUCGUUGGACGAUCGCGUCAGCGGUUUUGUGGACGUAUGGUGGGUAGUCCACGACGGCGGUCUUCUCCUGAUGAUUGCGCAUCUGCUUCUCAGGCAUAGGACGUGGAGCGGCUGCAAGCUUCGUGUGCAUACGGUGCUUCAGUCUGCGCAGGAUCCAGCGGCGGUGCGACGUGGCCUACAAAAAGUGCUGAGUGACUUCAGGAUUGAAGCCGAGGUGAGCGUCGUCGAGGCUGGCGAAGAUGCGGAUAUGUACGCAUACACGCAUGAUUGGACAAUGCGCAAGGAACAGGCCGAGAAGUACCGAGAUGAUUUGCUCGCUGCGCAGGGUAGGCUGGGGGUGGAUGCUGGUACGCCGGACAGCAGCACGCAGACGAGCGGCACGAGCACGCCUGGGACGGAAACUCCACCAAAAACAUCGGCGAGCGGUACGGAUUCUCCCGCCCAGCUCGAGAGGACGCCAUCCAACCUCGGCAGCUUGGCACGGGCGUUUCCAAGCGAGAUCGACAUGCUUGUGUUGGCUCACGAAGAGAUUGAGGACCCAGUCGCAGCUCAGCUUCGACACCUCCGACGCGACAGCGUCGUCGCCAAGUCCGCAUCGGACACCAUGCCGGUACCAGCCGGCCACACGGCGCUCGCGUCGAUCUUCGACAUGAGCUCCGUCGCGGAUAAACCCACCACUGGCCAGCCAGCGCCCCCACCGCUUGUGCCUGGUGAACUCAAGAAAACCCCACUGUCUCCCAUCAUCGGGUCGCCUUCGAAACUUGCCCCCUCCCUGGAGGGCGCCAAGGCUGGCGAUGGCCGGGUGAGCGAGGACGAGGUUCGCAUCGAUCUCGCGGAAGUCAAUCGGCGUCUUUCCGAUGUGGACGAACCACCGAAAAAGACGGAUAGGAAGUCGUCGAUGAAGAGCGGCUCGAAGGUGAAGGAUCGCAGGACUUCGGUUUCCUUUUCAACAAGUCCGGAUGAAGUCGUGAUUCAACCGCAGACGCCGCCGCCGGCUGCAAAGCCUGCGGAGGCUUCCUGGAUGGCGCAAGGUCCCGGGGCGCUGAAUGCGAUCAUCCACGAGACAUCCAAGGACGCUCAGCUCGUCAUCGUGAACCUCCCGGACCCCGACGCGAUUGUCAUGCAGAAUCCUUCCGCUUAUGCCCGAUACACCGAGGCUAUCGUGCGUGGCUUGCCCAGGGUGAUAUUCGUGCAUGGCACCGGACGCGAGGUGUACACCAGCGCGGGGUGA